CCGGAACCCAGUUAAUGAAAACGCGAGAAUCGCUUUGAGUUAACCCCUUUUUGACAAGCUACCAAUCCGAAUGGUACGAAAAUCAGAUAUGAUGCAAUAUGACACCUUCCAUGAGCGACCACCGCUCCCGAUGAAGCAUAACAGAAGAAAACAUUAGGUCUGAUAAGAAUCGAACCAGGUACCUAUGCUUUCUGAAACAUGAACCCCCUCAUAUAUCUCGUCAGCACGCAUAGCAGGGGUAGUGUAUUCCUGAUGUGAAUAUUCCAGAGAAAGCCCAACUGGAUAUCGUAUCACCAGCAUUCCCGUACCACAGCCGCAAACAUUGGUGGGUCGAAUUCACCGACGGAGGAUAUACAAAUCCUCCGCUUCCGUAUGUUUCACUGGCCUAAUCUUAUUUAAACCAGCCUUCAGGUAACAUAUUAGGUGGAAGUGCUCAUUUACAGACUCUAUUCGACAAUUCCCAGCUGCUCAUCUAUCGACAUGUCAGAGAAAACCUUCAAAGCAUACAAGCACGAGCAGGGUACUGCGUAUGCCCAGGCCCGCCUUGGGUAUAAUGCAAAGUUCUAUCAAUUCGUCAUUGACAACCACACUUCGACCGGCGGCAAACUUGACACCGUUCUCGAUGUUGGUUCUGGUCCCGGAGUUGCUACACGUGGGCUCGCGUCGCACUUUGCCCAUGUUGUCGGCAUUGAUGCCUCCGAAGGCAUGAUCAGCGCGGCUCGUUCCAUUGGAGGUGUCUCUUCCACUGCCGAGCCAAUCCGUUAUGAAGUCUCUGGCGCAGAGCAGCUUGGGUCUAACUUGGACCCGCCUAUUCCAGAUUCCAGCGUGGACUUGAUCACGGCCGCUACGGCCGCCCAUUGGUUUGACAUGUCUGGAUUUUGGCCGCGAGCAGCUCAGGUGCUCAAGCCCGGCGGGUCUGUUGCGCUCUGGACUAUCACAGCAACACAUAUCCAUCCAUCUACGCCAAAUCACGAAGCAAUCCAGAAAGCCAUGGACAAUUUCAGAUCUCAACAGCUUGGGCCAUACCUAGAGAGAGGUAACAUACUCGCCAACAACCUAUACGCCGAUCUACCCCUCCCGUGGACUCUCGAACAGCCUGUUACGGAGUUCGACCAAAGCACUUUCAUCCGCAAGGAGUGGUUGAAGAAUAGAACAGAUAGCGACCCUGACCCCAUCGGUCUAAAAACACAGGUUGUGGACCUAGAGGGAUUCGAAAAGCGAUUUGAAACUUCGAGUCCGGUGACUCGUUGGCGCGAAGCGCAUCCCGAUGCUGUUGGGACCGAACGGGAUGUGGUGAGAGUGAUUAGCCGGGAAAUUCAGCGCCUCCUAAACGAAGCAGGCGUUGAAAAGGGAAAGGAGCGGAUCACGGGAAAUGUGCAGUCGGUACUAUUGAUGGUUAAGAAGAAGGCAUAAUCCACCUCGGCGCUUCAGACUAUACGCUAAAUGUGCUUUCUACCUGAUGAGUUGAUAUAAUUAGAGAGCCGAUCUUUGAAGCUUAUCCAGAUACCUAACAAUUGCCCCGAAAAAGAAUCAAAGGUUAGCAUUUGUAAGCAGAUAUCUCUUUUAACUGACAGUUCAUGCGUUGAAGGUAGCGGUUAUAUCGAGAUCACUUGGUCUACUAAAUGUUGUUAGAAGUC